GUUUACUCGUAACCAUCUCACUUGGUCAUUGGUUAAUGUGAACUGGAGUGAAAAGUUACGAAACGGCGGGAAUUAACUUGUUGUUCUUUAUUGACUCGUGCGAAGAAUUUUCCAAUUUUGUUUGUAGAUAUGGCUCCUAAAGGAAGAGGUAGGAAGAAGGCAGAAGUUGUGGAAGAAAAAUUAACAGGAAAUGAUGCUGUUAUAGAUGAAGGAACGAAAACUAAAAGGGCUGGCAAAGUAGAAAAGGGGUCCAAGAAAGGUGCUAGUAAAGAAAUUCUUAGCAGUGAUAUUGAAAAUGGAUUGAAUGGUUCUGGAGAACCCCAAGAAAAGGCUAGUGCUGAAGAUGACCAAGUAGAAAUAGAGUCUAAGGUUCCUACAGAUGACAAGAUUCCUUCAAAACGUUCUCAAAAAUCUGCCAAAGCAAAAGACAAAGAAGAACCUGCCGAAGAUGAAGAAAAUGAAGAAAGCUCUAUUGUAAAAGAUUCUAAAACAAAAGAUUUACCUUCAAGACGGGGAAGAAAAGCUGCCAAAAUUCAAAAUGGAGUUGAUUCAACAAAGAAUGAAGAGACUCAUGAAAUGAAAAGUGAUACUGAAGUAAAAGAUUUGCCAAGAUCAAGAAGGAAAGUGAAAGAUGCUGAGCAUUCAAAUUCAACUGAGGAACAAAAUAAACCCGAGCCUAAAGAAACAAAAGCUAAAGCAAAAACUAACAAAAAAGCUAAGGUGCAAUCUGAAGAAAAUUUGGUAGAAGAAGAGGUUCCUAGCAAAGGAACUGGACGUAAAAGAAAAAAUGCUGCUGAAAAAAAUAAACUUGAAGCAGCUAAAAAGCUUAAAGAUGAGAAACCUGGAAUUGAUAAAAACCGCCAGCUUAGAGUAGCCCUUAAAAGAAAUCAUAGUCUAGAUGAAAUGGCAAGGCAACAGAUGGAAAAUGAUGCUGAGGUUGCUAAGCAACAGGUGGAAAAGGAUGCUGAAGUUGCUAAGCAGACAGUGGAAAAGGAUGCUGAAGUUGCUGAAGAACGAAAAGUAAAAAAUGUUAAGGGUCCUGCCAAAGGUAAGGGUAAAAGAGCAGCCAAGGUUGCUGCAGAAGAGUCUCAACCAACCAAAAAAGCUAAAGAAGAUGCUUCUAAGUCAAAAGGUGCUGCUAAAAAGGAAAAAGAUAAAAUCCCUGAUGUGACUGCUCUAGAUUUUGAUAAUGAAUCAAAAUCAACCAAUGGAAAACCUUGGAAUUUAAAAAUUGCCACUUGGAAUGUCAAUGGCAUAAGAGCUUGGCUGGAAAAAAAUGGUUUAUCAUAUUUGCAUCAUGAAAAACCUGACAUCAUGUGCAUCCAAGAAACCAAGUGCUCGGAUGACAAACUUCCCCCUGAAGUAAAUAAUAUUGAUGGUUACCAUUCUUACUGGCUGGCUGGGGACAAGGAUGGCUACUCUGGAGUUGGUCUUCUGUCCAAAGAGGAGCCUAUAUCUGUGCAUUAUGGAAUAGACAUAGAAAAACAUGACAAUGAAGGAAGAGUCAUUACUGCUGAAUAUGAUAAAUUUUAUCUUGUGACAACCUAUAUUCCGAAUGCAGGCAGAGGUCUUGUCCGCCUUGAUUACAGACAAGAGUGGGAUAAAGAUUUUCGAGCUUACAUCAAAAAGUUAGAUGAAAAAAAACCUGUUGUGCUGUGUGGUGAUUUGAAUGUUGCUCAUGAAGAAAUAGAUCUGGCUAAUCCUAAGUCUAACAAAAAGAAUGCUGGGUUUACCAAAGAGGAAAGAGAAGGAUUCUCAACUUUGCUUUCUGAAGGAUUUGUAGAUACUUUCAGACAUCUUUAUCCUGAUCAAACUGGAGCCUAUACUUUCUGGACAUACAUGAUGAAUGCACGUGCUAAAAAUGUUGGAUGGCGUUUGGAUUAUUUCAUAAUUUCUAAGAGAUUUACUGAUCAUCUGUGUGACAGUGUCAUUCGAAAGGAUGUGUAUGGCAGUGACCAUUGUCCCAUUACACUCUUUCUGCAUGUUUAAUUCAUAAACAGCAGAAUUCAUUUAGAUGUUCCUUUUUUUGUGGUAUUUUACAUUAAAACUGUGAUACAAAUGUAUAUCCAAGUGUAAUUUUUAGAAUAAACAAACAUAUCUUUGAAA